GCAGAGGAGAAGAUCGAAAUGACAGUCCCCGUGACCCAGCACCUGAAGACCCCGACGGCCUACGCCGAAAGCUCGGACAUGUGCUUCUACAUUCCCCAGAAAUUUCAGGAGAAUCCGCCUGAGCCGGCCGAGAAGGAAGUCUACAUCGAGGAACGGAAGACGGAGCAGUUCCUGGUCAACCGCUUCAGCGGAUUCGCAUCGCGGCGGGACUACGAGAAAGUCGCGGCGAAACUCCUGGAGGCGGCGACGCGGGACGCCGUGAAGGGCGUGGACAACAGCACGCACUGGAUCGCCGGGUACCAGUCGCCGUGGAAACUUUUCAGCAGGAGGAACGAGGUCUGGUUUCGCGUCGAGGGUUGAGGAGUCGCCGCAAUUUAUUUUUUUUUAUUCUUCUGCGAGAAUGGGUGGAAGUCGGAAUAAAAAAAAGGUGGA